GGAGAGCGGAGGCCCCGCCGCAAUCCGUGGAGCGUCCCCUCCGUCCGAUUGGACAAACGGCGCGACAGACGGGGAGUCCUCCCAAUGGGCGGCUGCACUUGCUUGUCCUCACCAAUCAGAAGGCGUGCCCCGCCCACUCCGGGACAGCACGAAGCCGGGGGGCUGCCAGUCGCAGGCCCGCUGCCACGUCUGCGGGCCGGGCUGCGGGUAACGGGGCUAACGGGCCCGGGGCGCUGAGGGGGGCGGCCAUGGCGGCAGUGCUGCGGGCCGUGCUGCUGGGCGCCGCCGUGCUGCGCUGCGCGGCCGCCGCCCUCAUCCCCGCGGCCGAGGUGGAGGUGGAGGUGCUGCAGAAGCCGUUCCUGUGCCGGCGGCGGAGCAAGUGGGGGGACCUGCUGCUGGUGCACUACGAGGGCUUCCUGCAGAGCGACGGCGCCAUGUUCCACUCCACUCACAAGCAUAACAAUGGUCAACCUAUGUGGUUUACGCUUGGCAUAAGGGAAGCUAUCAAAGGCUGGGACAAAGGUUUGAAGGACAUGUGUGUGGGAGAGAAGCGGAAGCUAACUAUUCCACCAGCCCUUGCUUAUGGAAAAGAAGGGAAAGGAAAAAUUCCACCUGAGAGCACGCUGAUAUUCAACAUUGACCUUCUAGAAAUUAGGAAUGGACCAAGGUCUCAUGAGUCAUUCCAAGAAAUGGAUCUUAACGAUGACUGGAAACUAUCCAAGCAAGAGGUGAAAAUUUACUUGAAGAAAGAAUUUGAAAAACAUGGAGCGGUGGUAAAUGACACGCAGCAUGACGCUUUGGUUGAAGACAUAUUUGAUAAAGAGGAUGAAGACAGUGAUGGGUUUAUAUCUGCAAGGGAAUUCACGUACAAGCAUGAUGAGCUGUAAAAAAAAAAAAAAGGAUGAUAUAAUUUUUUUGACACAAAUGGCUGUGACUUAGACUGUCUGGCUCUCUUGUCAUCUUGAUUCUAUGUUUUGGAAUUGACAGCUGCCGUUGGCAAAAGAAAAAACAAACAAACAACACUUUGUAUCAAAAGAGAAUUUCUGUUUAUGUAAAAAUGAUUUAAACUAUUUGUAAGUAUGAAAAUGUACUUUUGUGCAGCAAAGAUUUGCACAAUCCAUGUUUUUAAAUUUUGUAUUAACUUAUUUUUUUUAGAAAUGAAACCAGGUUUCCACUCUUCAAACAUUUUGAAAAUCAAAAUCCAGUUCAGUGCCUUUCUGUGAUUUGCUUGUGCAUUGAGAUCUCUUUCAGUGACUUUUAUGUACAAAUUCUGGUCUGUGGCUUAAUUACUUUUAACCUUCCUUCUUGUGUGUCAGUGCUUGAAAAGCAGUAUGCUGAUCUUGCUUUUUUCUGCAGAUUUUGAAAAGCUAUACCAGAAAGCAUCAACAUCUCCUACCACAGCUGAGAAACUGACACAAAGCUGAGUGAGAAGAAUGGCUGUCCAGCGCUGCUUCUGCUUUACUCAAGGGAGAGUUAUCAACCAUGUCAAUAAUUGCCUGUUUUUUUUCAUUAUGUGAACAAAGUAGGAGUUAAAUGUCACUUUUUUUUAAUCAGUGUCAGUACCAUUCUAGGAAAUAACUGCAGUUUGGAAAAAAGCAAGUUAUCCUGCAGUGCAGGGGUGGUGUCCUUUACAUACAUACACACACGGUGUUGAUUUCUGAAACUCAGUGCUUGUGUUCACAAAGAAAGAUAAUCCUUGUCCUCGAGUUUUGAGGGAGAUCUGAAUCAAAGUGUUGCAAAGCUGAAGCUUUUCCCCAUUUUCAGAAGAGAAAGAGCGUGCUAAAAUGAGGAUUGGUAUGCCCUGAAGAAAGCUGCGUUGCUUGCCUGCUUUGCUACUGCCUGAAUUACAGAACCUGUCUCAUCCUUGCACCUUUGCUGUAUCUUCACAAGUAGCACAGAAAUUAUUUGAAUUUUAAGUAAUAAAGUAAAAUUGUGAGGCCUGAGGUAAACACUACAGUGCUGCAUCUUCAUAUGGAUAGAGGCAAUGAGGAUUUCAACUCCAUCUCAUUUGUUUGAACCCUCUCUGGAGAGGAAGAAGCUUAGCAAUCAUCCAUGGGUUCCUAAAUGAGAGGGUGAGGUAUCUCUUGGAAGGAAUUAGAUUGUAUUCUGACACCUCUACUGUGGGUUUCUGGACACAGCACUUUGUUUAAAAAAAAAAUAGCCCAAGGCUAAAGAGGGACGAAGGCAAAUCCAGUUAUGUAAAAUCAACAAUGAUGGAUUGUACUAAUCCUUUACUAGUGCCAAGUGGGGCUCUGCCUUCCAGGUUCUCUAUACACUAGAUGAGCCAGUUGUUCUCCCUGCCACCUAGUGUUGCAAGUAAGCAUCAGAAGAUUGCUUUAUUAGACAGAGUUGAGCUGUAUACGGACAUCAAGGAUUGCUGCGAACAGUGAUUGUUUUUCUGGGGAAAAAAAAGUGUAAGUGAAGGUGUGCAGGAGUGAAAUUUUUGUGUUCUUCCAGCAUCUGGCAUUUCAUGGCCAAUGACCUACAUGAUGUGGAGUUAUGGUCACAUGCAUUGGUUUCAAGAAUUCGUACAUGUUUUUUCCUCCGUCAUGCCAUCUAGUCUCAAACCCAUUUAUACUUUUUCUUCCGCAGUGUUCCGUGGCAGUGAGUUUCACAGUAGAAUGAUGUAGCAUAGUGCUUCCCUUGGUUUUUAUGCUCGUUGCUUGUCCCGGUUCUUGUGAGGAAAUAAUGAAUAAGCAUUCCCUAUUUAUGUCUUCUUACCAGUCAUAUCUUUGCAUAUAACUUUUUUUUCUUUUUUUUCCUCAUCACUCUGGAAAAUUCAGCUUGCCUAACAUUGUUUGUGAGCUGGGUGUCUUGAUUUCUUCUAAAGUCACUAGAGCACUAGGCACUUAGGAGCAACUCAUCACAUUUAUAUUGUUCAUGUUGUGUCAGGAUAGAUGCCUUAUCAAGCAGAGGUACCUGUCUUUCUCCAUUAACUAUGUGGGGAGCCUAGAUAAUUACUGUAGCUGAGGCCAAGGAUGGCUAAUGGGAUAUGAAGGUGGCCCUUAAGGCAGUCUUGCUUAGGAUGAAGGAGCUGACUGGUAACAACCAACCAAAUUGGAAAUGCUGCGUAUGCUCUGCUGGGGAGAGCAGAACUGAAACUUGGAUUGGGUCUGCAACGUUUAGCAUGUUCUCUGAACAUCUGGCUGGGAAAUUAAAGCAUAAAAACAUGAAAUAAAACUUGCCCCUGAUCACCAGACAAAUACUUAAACCUUUUAAAUGGAUGCUAGUGUGCCUCUUCAGUGAGGACCAAGUGUUUCCUUGGUGUUAAAUACGAGUUGGGAGGCAGAGAAUACUGUGAAAUGUACAUAUGCAUUAUCUUAGAUUUUUUAAGUAUUUCAUAAAAAUGGCUUUCAGUAAACGUGUACCAUAGGCAGUUUGUUAAUACCAGCAGACUAUUAAAGUUGCAAGACUGAAAUGCUCUA